CAGUAUUCAUUUAACUUUGGUAAAAAAAAAUGUGGGUUUUGCAGUUCCCAACUACCCACUCCUUCUCUAACUUCACCAUGGCAUCUACACAGCCGCCGGCUGACAGUAAGCGAAGGUUCGCGCCGGCGCCGGCGCCGACGCCGACGCAAAGAGUUCUGAAGGUUAAGUACGGUCGUCCAACCGACAUCGACAUGUCAGAGGCUAGCCCCAAUAAUACUAGUAGAGGACAGCUGCCUGAAGGUCUUGUGCCGGAGCUUAUGCCAAAACACGUUGGAUUCAUUCUGGAUGGUAACCGGCGGUGGGCCAAGGAGAAAGGGAUGAUGGUGGAGCUUGGUCACCAAUUCGGCAGCAAAAAGGUGAAGCACCUCAUUACUUUGUGUCACAACUGGGGAAUCAAAGUUCUUUCUCUCUUCACCUUCUCCACUGAAAAUUGGCUUCGCCCCAAGGAGGAGGUUGGGUUUUUGAUGAGGCUGUUUAAAGAGGUGAUAGAUACAGAACUUGAGGAGUCCCGGAGGGCUGGUGUACGAAUAUCAUUCAUAGGCGAUAAGUCGAAGCUCCCCACAAGUGUGCAAGAACUAGUGCAGGCAGCGGAGGAAGCCACGAAGGCCAACACAAAUGUUCAUAUUUUGGUAGCAAUGAACUACAGCGGAAGAUCUGAUAUAUUGCAGGCGUGCAAGAGAAUUGCUAGGAAAGUGAAAGAUGGAGCCUUGGAGGUAGAAGACAUAGAGAAUGAAGGGAUGUUUGAUGGAGAAUUGGAAACCAGGUGUGCUGAGUUCCCAAACCCAGAUUUGCUCAUACGGACCAGCGGUGAGCUUAGGAUUAGCAACUUCAUGCUCUGGCAAUUGGCUUAUACGGAGCUCUUCUUCGUGGACAAGAACUUUCCCGACUUUCAAGAAGAUGAUUUCCUUCAGGCUUUGCGUUCAUUUCAGCAGAGACACAGACGUUUUGGUGGACAUAAAUACUAACAUUAUUCAUUAUAUUUUUACUUCAAUUCCUUAUACAUACAUGUCAACAUGGAAUGAAGAAUUCAUACUAUAAAUACAUAAGCUACUCGAUCUAAGAGUUUCUUACAA